UACUCUUCUUCGUUGGUUUCUGUACAUGUCCGCAUCCGGAACUUCCGCUCCGUCGAGUGCCAACGGCUGCAACGCCGCACACACCUUUAAACGUCAACCGCUAGCUUCUAAACUUCAAACGAGAGAAGUUGCGCGAGCUCCGAAGAGGGGCGCGAGCAGCUCGGCGCGUGACAUGCAGAGUUCACCUCGAAGCGGAGGGCCGGUUUGAGAGCUUCCGGCGGCCGCUUGUUAGCGAGCGAUGCUGUUGUCUCCACGCGCCAGGCGACUCCUCUAAUUCUGUCUCAUCAUGACGGAGUUAAAAUAUCGUAAAACGGACUGUCUGGAGGGAGGAAGCGACGAGCAGCUGGACCUGACGAGCACACAUGCCCGAGAUCCGGUGGACGCGGGAGACGACGCGGGUGCGUCCGUCGGUGGAGAUGACGAGCAGCGAGAAGAAGAAGAAGAAGAAGAGGGUGAAGUCCAAGAAGAGGAUGCACAGCAGAAACGGGAAGAAUCCAACGCACCCGAGUCCUCUGCCAAGCGAACCAAGUGCUCCUCUGCAUGUAAGUCGGGUUUGCUGCAGCACCUCGCGAGGCUGUUCUUCGGAUGCCUGGCGGCGGCUGCCUGCGGCGUGCUGUACGCCACGUAUAUGUCGCUGUAUCACGGCAGGAAGUUUUGGUUUUCCAUCAGACAGGACGUUGAGCGAGAAAUCACCUUCCAAGGCGGCAGCGGGCUCUAUUACUUCUACUACAAGCACAUGCUGACGGCACCGUCCUUUGAGAAGGGCUUCUAUGAGCUGACGCUAGACAACGGGACGGUGUCCGGUCAGACGAUCAACGCAGUGGAGCGUUUUUCUCUGUAUCCGGAGCUCAUCUUAAGCUUCAUAUACAGAGUCACUGGCAGCCAGGAUUUUGUGGAGCCGAUCUACUUCUACAUCGGAGCGGUCUUCGGCCUCCAGUCCAUCUACGUCAUCGCCCUGUUCGUGUGCAGCUGGGUGAUGAGCGGCACCUGGGUGUCCGGCAUGUUGGCCGUGUCCUGGUACGUGAUCAACAGACCGGAUACAACCAAAGUGGACUACGCCAUUCCUCUGCGGGACAACUGGGCUCUGCCUUACUUCUCUUGCCAGGUUGCAACUCUGACUGGAUUCCUAAGCAAUAACAUCAGCUCUGCCACCGAGAUGUGUUGCUACUGCACGCUGACCGCCACCACCUUCAUCUUCCUCCUGGUGUGGGAGCACAGCCACUACGUGCUCUUCGUCCAAGGCCUCUGUCUGUUCUUGCUGGACUCUUUUGACCUGGUGCCGCCGCGUAAGAUAGCCGACGUUCACAAAGCUUACCUCGGCGCUCUGUUCCUCGCCUACCUGCUCCAGUUUCAGAACCCGUCUCUGGUCAGCUCGCCUCUGCUCAGCCUCCUGAUUGGCUCAGUGCUCGCGAGGUACUUCCAGCAAAAGAUGAAGAUGGGACCUUUUGUGGCCAGAGUCAUGAAGCUCUUCCUCCACUUCCACCUGGUCUUCACCACAGGGAUCACCUUCAGUUACCUGGUCAAGAAACUUGUACCUGUCAGUGGCGGUGACUUCAUUUUGAAAUUCCUUGAAGUAAAAUUUUGGCUCAACACGACGACUGACUUCAUCACCAACUUCCUCCUGUGCCAAGAGAGUUUGCAGACGCCCGGUCAGGACCUGUUCCUACGACUGACGCAGACCUCGGUCCUGCCCUUCUACUUGCUGGUGCUCACUGUGUGCCUGCUGUCCACCCUGCAGACCAUUUACAGAAGACUCAGUGGCCAGCCGAGGAAAACCGACCUCAGACUUGAAGACGGACGAAUAGGGGAGCAGCCAGAAGUCAUAUAUCACGUUUUCCACACGUUGCUGUUCGGAGGCCUGGCCCUGCUGUUUGACGGGAUGAAAUAUUUAUGGACCCCGUACGUCUGCAUGUUUACAGCAUUCGGCGUGUGUUCUCCAGACCUCUGGAUGACCGUGUUCAAGUGGCUCAAACUGAAGUCCAUCCACCCGGUGGUCCUGUCUAUGAUCCUGAGCACGGCGGUUCCGACUAUCAUUGGUUUCAGUUUAUGGAGAGAGUACUGCCCUCGCAUCUUAGCCGAGUUGUCUGACGUGCAGGAGUUUUACGACCCGGACACAGUGGAGCUGAUCAGCUGGAUCAAGUCCCAGGCUCCGGCGGCCGCAGUCUUUGCUGGAAGCCCUCAGCUGUUGGGAACGGUGAAGUUGUGUUCAGGGUCAGCCGUGACCAGUUUACCGCUGUACUCUGACAUCGACCUGCUGAGGAGGACUGAAGACACUUACCAGGUGUAUGCCUUGAGGUCUCCAGAGGACGUCUACAAGAUUCUGACCUCUCAGAAGGCGAACUACGUGAUCAUCGAGGAGUCGAUCUGCAACGCGCUGAGUCUCAACGAAGGCUGUCGGAUCAAAGACCUGCUGGACGUCGCCAACGGACACGUGGUUCAUGACAAAGGAGAGAUCUACUCCUUCUCCAAGCACGGCCGCUUCUGCCACGAGCUGAAGAUGAACUACUCGCCCUACACAAACUACUUCACCCGGGUGUUCUGGAACCGCUCGUACCACGUGUACAAAGUCAACUCCGUCAUCUCCUUUCAGUUCUGACCGCGGCCGCCCCUCCCCCCUCCACUCUGCCCUCCACGUCACAUCCACCGCGUGACGCCGGAGGACUCGGGAGGAGGGGCACACGUCGAAUCACUGGUCCCGCCCACAUCCCGGCGGAGGUGGCGCCGGGAGCGCGUUGGUCCGGGCCCCCGCAGGUCGAGUGGAAUCGACAUGAAAGGGCCCGGUUGAAACGCGCCAUAGGUCACGAUCACUGUGGUUUUAAACGCUGUUACCGUGAUGUAUUUAACGAUGUGCGUUCGCUCUGUACGGAGGCCGGGAGAGAUGACGCGUUAAAGGUGAGAGGAUCUUCCACCUGAGUUCAUACCUAUAACUCCUGGGCUGAACCAUCAGCCAGCGAAUAUAUUCACUGCGACAGAUGUCGGGGAGCGCUGGUUUCUGUGGAGGGUUGUGUGGUUUCGAUGUGUCACAUGUGCGCCGCUUCUGCCAUUUUCUGCCGCUGAUGCUUAUUUCUGUUCCCGUGUCUUUGUCAUUUUCUUCAUCCGGAUGCCUUAUUUUGAGAUGACGGGACGUGUCCGACCGACAAUCCUCUAUAUCACGACCGUGGUCCUCCUUCCGGGGUCAGACCUCAAGUAUUUGGUGGUCAUCAUCUCUCCAGGUGUCGCCAUGCAGGUGUCCCCGAUAGCUGUCCCUAAUCCUGGAAAAUAAAAGUGUGUAUGAGUUCAUUACAAAGCUCAUUUCCUUA